UGUUGGUUCGGCUGCUAAGGUCCGAUUCCGCAGUGCCAGCCCUGCUCAAUGGCAGACCCUGAGGAGGUGCGGAUUUCUUCGCCGCCCCCACCGCCUCCUUCCUCUCCCUCGUCUUCAGACGCCUCGUCAGCAUCUUCCCCCGGCGUUCCAGUGAGUUUGGGCUGGCCAGUUGCGAGCAGGAGCAGUGGCCGAACGGUGGACCCUCUGGAGGAAGUAGAGCUGCAGAUUGGAGACGCAGCAUUUUCACUAACCAAACUUCUUGAAGCCAUAUCUGCAGUAUCAGCUCAAGUAGAAGAGCUUGCCUUCAAAUGUACAGAAAAUGCACGUUUCCUUAAAACAUGGCGGGACCUCUUGAAAGAAGGCUAUGAUUCUUUGAAGCCUGACAACUGAUUUGGCUGUGUAAUAAUUCAUACGUCCUCAUUUAUGAUGUUUG